GGCGGUGUGCGCCUGCGCAGAGCUAUCUUCCUCCUCUUUCGCCUCAGUCCGUCUUUCCAACGGCCAAUUCGGACCGGGAUGGCGGGGGCCCGAGAAGUGGUCACGGUCCAGCUGGGGCCCUACGCGGGCUGCGUCGGUGCCCACUGGUGGGCACUGCAGGAAUCCUCGUUCAGCUCUGACCCGGCGACUGCAAGAUCCGACGAGACCCUUCACCAUAAUGUUCUCUUCCGCCCGGGAAGGUCCUCCCAGGGACAGGAGACGUACACCCCCCGCCUCAUCCUCAUGGACCUCAAAGGGAACCUGGGCUGCUUGAAGCAGGAGGGAACUUUGUACCACGAUACCAAUACGGACACCCCCGUGGCCUGGAAGGGGGCUCUGACGACACACCGAGAAGAUCCGUCUCCUGUUCACCCCUUCCUAAAAGGCCUUGGCGGGUCGGAGGAUAACAGGUCUUCUGGUAGCGGCUUUUCUCCCAGGACCCUUCCCGGUGAUGCCGAGCGGCGGAACGAGACCCCAGAGACACUCCCCUCAGAGACCACGGCACACGUUUGGUCGGAUUUCCUCCGGACGUCUCUGCACCCCCGGACCACGUUCGCCAUCCAGCAGUACAGCCACGAAGGGGAUUCGAGCCAACUCGAGGCCUUUGGGCAAGGGGAAAAGCUGCUGCAAAGCGCUGCGUAUGCCGAGGAGCUGGAAGACCGGCUGCACUUCUACGUGGAAGAAUGCGACUACCUGCAGGGCUUCCAAGUCCUCUGCGACCUGCACAGCGGCUUUUCAGGCAUCGGGGCAAAAUUGACGGAACUGCUUCAAGACGAGUAUGCCGGGAAGGGCGUCCUGACGUGGGGGGUGGCUCCCACACACAAGUCUGCGGUUCCCCAGAAGAAUUUCUAUCGGCUCAUGAACACCGUCCUGGGAAUGGUCAGUCUGUCCAGCCACAGUUCGCUCCUCUGUCCCUUGUCGCUGAACGGGAGCCUGGGCCUCCGGACGGAGCCUCCUGCCACGCUGCCCUACCUGCGCUACGACGCCUCUCUGGACUACCACACCAGCGCCAUCCUGGCCACAGCACUAGAGACGCUCACCGUUCCCUACCGGCUCCAGGCCUCAACCAUCUCCAUGGCGAAUCUUGCCGAGGCUCUGAAUUUCUCCGGGAGGAAGGUAGCGGCUUCCAUGGCCGCCGUCCCGUUUCCGGUGAUGCGGGGACAAUCCCUUCCUGACGCUUUGUGCAGCCAGCAGCUUGCCGCGCCGUGGAGCUCCAUGUCUUCGUGCGGGGAGCAGAGCAAGAGCCACUGUUUUGCACAGUCUGUGGUGCUGAGAGGAAUCAGCAAGGAAUACCAAGUCAGCCGCCCCCCAUCGGGCACGGAACCCAAGUCUGUCCUGCACAUGUGCGACACCGGGCAGGAGGUGCUGGCCCGCUACUUGUACAUGGCCUCCCCCAGAACCUUCAGCACUUCACAUUUACUGCAGAGCCCUACCAGGCUCUUGGCCCCGUAUCCUCAGUAUUUCUCCCCUCUACUCAACAAGCAAGGGCUCCUCCUGGAGAAACCGCCACUGCACACCUCUGCAGCCGUCGAGAGCAUUCCAGUCUUCACCGCCCUCCAGUCGUCCGCCGUCCUGCGACGAACUCUUGGGAACCUUUACGAAGAGUUACACCAAGUAGACGUCCGGCGCUGGGCCAGCUUUUUUUCGGCGGGCGUCGAAUCAGACGACUUCCAGGAGGCCUUGGAGGAGCUGAGGACGCUCUCCCACUGUUACAGGCACAGCGAUGCGGCAGAAGAUUCGGAGGAUGAUCUAGACUGACGAUGCCUUUCGACGGUGCCUUCCACUGACAUUGCAGAAUAAUAAUAAUAAUAAUAAACUCCCUAAAGCAUC